AGUGUUGUAGGUAUUUUCCCUGACAGUUGUCACUAGCAGCUUUUUCACUGACAAACCCAUAUGAUGAUUAGUUUCCUAAUGAAAAACCAAACGGAAUGGCUGCCCUAAUUGGAGAGGAUUUAAGUUACGAGGAGUCAGCUCAGGUUGACUGUAGCCUACAGGAUAUUUUAUCGGACUUAUUUCCACCAUUUCAAAAUGUUGCCCCCUAUCUGCUGGCUCAGGUGUUUGAGAUCGUCGAUGGUAGUUUUAACGGAGAUGGAAUAAGGUUUAUGCAAGAGUUUCUGGUUCCCUUGAAAACUCUUUUGAAGAAACUGAAAGCAUUAAGUCGGCAAAAUCUACGACAGUUGCCAUGUGAUGAGGGUUGGCCGCUUUGCCAUGAUGGGAACAUUAUAAUUCAUCUUUGCGAACUAGCGUGCAAGAAUUUAAGGCCUGGGGAUUUUUAUUUUUACGUGAAAGAAGCCAGUGAAAAUACGCUGCUUGUGUCUUUAAAAUACUACAUAAAUCAAGAGGCAUAUGAUAUACUUUUACCACCGGAUUUAUUUGAUUACGUUUUCACUAUGGAGUGGAUGGAGAGUGUAAAUGCUAAUAUUCCAACACGUGCAGAAUCAAACACAAACUUAGAAAAACUUGUUGUUGGGAACGAAAACGGACUUAAACGCCUUGAUUGGAAGGAUGUUGUGUCUCCCUCAACCCUUGAACGAAGGUCGAAUAGAAAAUCAAAAAUUCCACGGCCAAAAUUAACAGAAAAUUCUGCACCACCCUCACCAAAAUUAAACAGUAAAAUUCCACGACCAAAAGCACAGGUGGUCGAUGGCCACGUGAAGGUGCAAAGAAGUGAAUCGCUGACAACGCUGAAGCCACAAAGCCCAAAGCGGUAUGGAAGUUUACAAAGGAACAGUCAGGAUAGAUUAUCGUCACGGUUACCAAGAAGGGAUGGAUCAUUAAGUCGAAGUGACACAAAUUCAAUCCCUGAAGAGGAUGAGAGGUGUUCUAGUUUUGGGGAUGAUACAGGAAGUGUUGAGGAAUUUCAACGCUCAGAGUUGCGAAGAAGUGGACGAAGUAAAUCCAUGCAAAGUAAUGAAAGGAAACGAUUAACAGGUGAAAGUAAAAAGAAGAAGGAGAAAAUGUCGCCGAUGGAGAAGUUGGGGCCCCCUAAGACGCUGAUGGAAGUUGAUUUUGAACUUGUUCAUUCUGGUGCUUUCUGUCUCACAAGUGCAAGAGACGUACAUGGGGCAGCUGUUAUAGAGGUGUCAGCAAACCAUUCUAUAUGGACUGAUCAGAUCUGUAGUAUACAAGAUACCACCCAGCUCCUCUCAUACCUCUUCAGUAUACCAAGAGAGGAUGUGACCAAGAAGGGGCUGACCGUGGUAGUCGAUACUCGUAAACCCACCGUCAAUACCUUGGAUUUUUUAGCAGAGGCCAUCAACAUGUUCCAGGCAAAACUACAAGAGGCGUUUCCUGGUGUCAUGUUUGAGGUGGUUCUGCUGGAACAGUCGGUGCCUCUGAGUCGCUUUACCUCCCAGUCCAAUUCCCCCUUCACCGUUCCUGCCAUCUUUAAGAAAUUGGAACCAUUUAUGUCAGGGUGUAGAAGUGCUGCCAAAUAUCUGCUGGCAUCAAUAGAAGAGCUAGCCAAGAUGAGCUGGGAUGGCACCUCUGAUGAGAUCAACGACCUGAUUGAGAAGGUGAAGGCAAAGCACAAGAUGAUCUAUCGGGACCAAAGACUGGCUGGACUUCUGGAGGAAGGUGAUGCCAUUCUGAAGACCUUGCAAGAUGAGCAGGGCACAGCUCUGGCUGGAUCCAAAGACUUCAGGUAA